GGUUCAUUGAGGUGCCUCUUGGAGCUACAUGGGUUCAGCAAUAAUGCGAGCUUCGGGAUUUGAUACAAUUCAGUUUUGUUCCAGUGGAAUUGGCAGCCAUGAAGUGAUUCUUGUAGAUUUUGAGGUUGCUGGAACCUUUGGAAGAGCAAUUCUUGAGCUUUGUAGUGAUGACGAAGGUCCAAGUACAGAGGCACAUGGCCUCGUAAUUAUUGAGGUCCUUGGGCAAAGAAGUCGCAAUGAAGUUCUUGCUGAAAUUUAUAUGAUUAUCUUCUUUUCAAGGUUGCUGGAACCUUUGGAAAAGCAAUUCUUGAGGUUGGGAGUGAUGACGAAGGUCCAAGCACAGAGGCACAUGGAUGACCCUGCAAUUAUUGAGGUCCCUGGGCAAAGAAGUCACAAUGAAGUUCUUGCUGAAAUUUAUAUGCAAUUCUUGAGCUUGGGAGUGAUGACGAAGGUCCAAGCACAGAGGCACAUGGAUGACCCUGCAAUUAUUGAGGUCCUUGGGCAAAGAAGUCACAAUGAAGUUCUUGCUGAAAUUUAUAUGACUAUCUUCUUUUCAAGGUUGCUGGAACCAUUGGAAAAGCAAUUCUUGAGCUUGGGAGUGAUGACGAAAGUCCAAGCACAGAGGUACAUCGAUGACCUUGCAAUUAUUGAGGUCAUUGGGCAAAGAAGUUGCAAUGAAGUUCUUGCUGAAAUUUAUAUGGUUGCUGGAACCUUUGGAAAAGCAAUUCUUGAGGUUGGGAGUGAUGACGAAGGUCCAAGCACAGAGGCACAUGGAUGACCCUGCAAUUAUUGAGGUCCUU